AUGAACCGCUGGGUGGUUUGCCUGCUGCUGCUGCCGGCGCUCGUCUACGCAAAGUGCGGCACGCACACGACGUGCGGCGACUGCGCCGGGGCAAAGGAUGGGCUCUUCAGCUGCAUCUGGUGCGCCGACGACAAUGGCUGCGUCUCGAGCGUGCAGACGGACUGCGCGAAAACUGGCCAAAUCAAGACUACCUAUGAUUGCCCGAUGAAACCGCCGGCCGGAUAUGAGUACAACGAGACCCUGGCCCGAAAUGUUGCUGUCUACGCCACCGCUGCUACGAACGGCGCCGACCGAGCUGGGAUCGACAGCUGCCUCUCAAAAAUCUCUGCGGCCUCGACGCUGCAGGUCACCAAGCCGUGCGAUGCUCAAGGGGACUCGUGCUCCGGCUACCUCGGCUACAGCGCGCGUGAAAACCUCAUCAUCAUGGCGUUCCGUGGGAGCAAGGAUGCCGAUCAGUUCCUCGACGAGGGCGUCGACUUCAUCUUCAACAAGCUGACCACGAUGCCGGUGAUUGGAGGAAAAGUUGACAGCUACUUCUACGACGCAUUCAUCGCCAUCUAUCCCGGCGACUUCGAGACGGAGCUAAAGAGGCUGCAACUGCUUUAUAAGAAUGCUGGACUAUUGGUAGUCGGUCACUCCCUUGGCGGCUCAAUGGCUUCCAUCGCCGCCGCCUACUCGGUGAAGAAGGGAUACUUCACCAGCGAGCAGGUCCGCCUCGUCACGUUCGGCGAGCCCAGAACGGGAGACAUGGAUUACGCGAAGGCUCACGAUGCCGUCGUCAAGUACACGUACCGACUCGUUCACCAGCACGACCCGGUGCCCCACCUUCCGGCCAAAUUCUUGGACAACCUAUUCGACAACCCGUUCCAUCACCGUUAUGAGGUCUGGUACCAAAACGACAUGAACCCCGGGGCCGCCUACACAGUGUGUGACCGUGCUGAUGAUGACGCCUGCUCCAACAGCGUCACAAACCAAAACAUUCAAGACCACCUGCACUACUUCAACCACGACCUCAGCAACUGGGUGCAGACCGGAUGCGCG